AUGGAAACAGAGUCUAAAACAGUUUGUAUACGCGAUAAAAUGCAGCUCGGUCGGAACAAAAAGGUACACUGGGCCCUGAACCUAGAGGAAAUUUCGUAUUUUACUCCACACGCCGAAAGCAAGAAUAUCCAGUCAUUGAUGAAGAAACUGAAGAUAAAGGCCCGCAUUUUAAAGAACAAUACACUUAGUACGUUUUGCGACUGCGAACUCGUACAUAAACUACAAGAAAGAUUUGCUCGCAUCGUGGAGAGGUUUCCGCGAUUUAACCGCGAUAAUGAAAUACAUGAAAUACAUGCAGAAGAUGUCGACUUUAACAAGUACUGGGAUGAGCUAUUCCAACUUUAUGGGCCAUGUAAACCUGCUUUUGAAAUGGAAAUUGAUGGGAAAAUUUUCAGACUACCGGAAAGCAUCCAGGAGUAG